AUGCCGCUCACUGCAAACGAGCAGACAUCUGGGGAUACACGGGCGUUCUUCACGCACGAGUUCCAGAUAACAUCAUGGAUUGCACUUAUCAUGAUAGAUUCUCAAGUACAUUCGGACUCUCCGUCCGACCUUCGAAGCACCAUGCCAACGGAAGCCGCGGUGCCUGCGCCUGCGUCUCCACUGGUGUCUAGCCUGCUGACUCUCAUCAUCACGACCUCCCCAACCCCUUCAGCACCUUCCACGGACCUCAUCUCGGACGUCUUCUCUGCUUUCCAAAGCCACUGCCCGGUUAUCCUCUCCUGCCGAAUCAUCGUUGUCUUUGAUACCUAUGAUCGCAUCGGGCCUCAUGCGCGUCUGAAGAAAGGGCAAGUCACCACCGAGGGCGCGAGGGACAUUGCGUUGUACAAGAGUAACGUCAAAGCACAGAUCUUGAAGCAGUACUACCCAGACGAUGCUACCCGUGCACUCAUGGCCAGCGAGCAUGAAGCCGAGUACGGGUCCCCUUGUGUAGAGGAGAAUCAUGUCCCCUUCACCGUGUCGCAGACUGAGGACAAGCAAGUUACGUUCAUAGAGACUGCGAGACGUCUUGGCUUCGGACUGGCUGUGCGUUCGGCGCUGCGCACGACGACGACACCCUAUGUCUGGGUGCAGCAGCAUGACUGGCCGCUGGCUUCUGGGAUCCCACUGAAGCCGCUCCUGGAAGUCAUGCAGGCUUCCGACAAGGACGACGUCGCGCCUGUCAAGUACGUCUGCAUCCCCUCGGUGCGCAUGCUGUCGUACGCGACUUCUGCCCACGUCGAACAAUUUCCUGCGCUCAGGGACCUGACCGCUUCGCUGAAGCGCAACUUCACUCCAGCAUCGCAGCCCGAAACUGCCAUUUCUCUGACACCACUCUUCUUUUGGCAUGACAAGCCCCAUAUAGCGUCGACUGCACAUUACCUGUCUUGCGUCUUCCCCACCCGUUUGGCCAUGAUGCGUGGCGCUUUCAUCGAGGAUACAAUUGGCCAUCGGGCGCGUCAUCAAAUGAAGGAAGGCAACUGGGCCAAGUGGGCAUGCUGGCUGUUCUAUCCCGACGAAGGGAAGCGGCUGUGCUUACGACAUCGCCACGGCCGCAAAUGGCGCGGCACUGAAGCCGAGUCCUUGGAGAAGGCACACGCCCACCUAAUCGAGGAAGAGCGUCUCAACCUCGUAUGCUGGCAUUCGGACUGCCUGGGCUCCCUAGAUUGUGGCCCUUCUUCUAACAACAACAAUAACAUCAACAACAACAGCCCUCUCACCCUAUCGUCUUACAAUUCUCGAUGGACUUUGCCAACAACCCGCCCGCCCCUGCUGGAGGGGAAGAAUGUCGAGGAGAAGGUCGACGAGGAGGCCGAGGAGGAGGCCGAGGGGGAGGUCGAGGGGGAGGUCGAGGGAGAGGUCGAGGGAGAGGUCGAGGAGGAGGCCGAGGAGGAGGCCGAGGAGGAGACCGAGGAGACCGACGAGGAGACGGUCGAGGAGAAGGUCAAGGUGAAGGUCAAGGAGAAGGUCAAGGAGAAGGUCAGGGAGAAGGUCGAGGAGAAGGUCGAGAAGACGAUUGGAAUGCAAGAUAUCAAGAUCGACAGCGUCGAGAUGAAACUCUUCUCCAUAUGGAUGUUAUAUAUCGGAUGCGAGGCCUGCAUUUUGAGCAAACGUCCAUGGAGGUCGAUCGACUGA